UUGUGUUGAGGUUAAACCCAGGGCCUUGCCAUGCUCAGAAAGCACUCUAUGGCUCAAGCCUAGCUCAGCGCCAGGUGUCACCUCUGUACCAGAGGCUAAGCCAAGGCUUCCCACCUGGAUUAGUCCCCAGCACAGCCGGGAAGCUCCGCCUGAAAAGGGCUGGGGCCAAGGAUCUGUCACUCUACCCAAUUUCAGCCAGUGAUUGGAUGAUGUCAGCUGUCAGUCACGAUGCAGAGGCGGGCCUGGAGGGCACCCAUCCCGGAUGCGGGACCUGCCCAAUCAGUGCGCAGAGAGACAGGAAGGGCGGGCUUCCGCAAUCUUGUGGGCUUUUCUUCCCCAGCGACUUGGCUUCUCUUCCUUCAGCCCCAGAGUUCUCUGCUCCAGGGACUCAGGUGACUCUUCGCUGCCUGUGUCCCCCCCCACCCCCAUCUCGGGUGCCUGGAGGUUCCUUGAGAGGACACCGGGUCACCACAGAAGACAAAAAUGGAAACAGAUGGGAUGACAAGAACAUUGAAGAUCAGAUCAAUAUUUCUGGGAGUAAUCUAAGGCACUUCAGAUCUCACAGUGGGCAUGAACACUGUAAACAUGAAGAAUGUGAAGAGAAGUCAUGUGAAUUGAAACAAUACAGAAAAUCUCUGGUUUCUCUCCAAAGUGUUCACACACAAGUGUUAAUACAAACUGGAGAUGAACCAUAUGAAAGUACAAUCAGUUGUUCCAGUGACAUUCAAAGACAUGAAGAUUCUCAUACUAAGUGCCAACCCUAUGAAUAUCAACAAUGUGGUGAAGCCUUUUCUUCUCUCCCAGCUGUUCAAAAACACAUGAGAACACACAGUGGAGGUAAACCUUUUCAAUGUGAUGUAUGUGGGAAAGCCUUUCAUUCCCCCACUUUAUUUAGAAAACAUGAAAGAACUCAUUCUGGAGAGAAACUCCAUAAAUGUAAACAAGGUGGUAAAACUUUGGUUUCAUUCACAAGUCUUCGAUGUCACGUGAUCAGGCACACUGGGAAAGCACAUUACAAAUGUAAGCUAUGUGGAAAAGACUUUGCUUAUCCCAGUUUACUUAGAAUACAUCAGAGGACACAUACUAGAGAGAAACCGUAUGAAUGUCAACAAUGUGGGAAAGCCUUCAGUACUUCAUCUUACCUCCAGAUACACGAACAGACUCAUACAGGAGAGAAGCCCUAUGAGUGUAAGCAGUGUGGGAAAGCCUUCACUCAGUCUGCUCACCUUCACUCUCAUGAGCAAACUCAUACUGGAGAGAAGCCCUAUAAAUGUCUACAAUGUGGAAAAGCCUACACUACUUCAUCUUACCUUCAAUUAAAUGAACAAAUCCAUGCUGGAGAGAAGCCCAAUGAUUGCCAACAAUGUGGAAAAGUCUUCACUACUUCUUCUAACCUUCAGAGACAUGAACGAACUCAUACUAGGGAGAAGCCCUAUGAAUUUAAGCAGUAUAGCAAAGUUUUUACUCAGUCUGCUAACCUUCACUCACUUGAAAACACUCAUAUGACAGAGAAAUCCUAUGAAUGCCAACAAUGUGGAAAAGUCUUCAGUACUUCUUCCUACCUUCAGAUACAUGAACGGAUUCAUACUGGAGAGAAGCCUUAUGAAUGUAAGCAGUGUGGGAAAGCCUUCACUCAGUCCAGUCACCUUUACUCACAUGUGAAAACUCAUACUGGAGAGAAGCCCUAUGUAUGUAAACUGUGUGGAAAAGCCUUUGCUCGAUCUCCUCAGCUCCACAUGCAUAAACGAACUCACACUGGAGAGAAGCCCUAUGAAUGUAAGCAGUGUGGGAAAGCCUUCACUUACUCCUCUAACCAUCUCAGACAUGAAAGAACACAUACUAGAGAGAAACCCUGUGAAUGUCAACACUGUGGGAAAGUCUUCACUACUUCAACUUACCUUCAGAUUCAUGAACAAAUCCAUUCUGGAGAGAAGCCCAAUGAAAGUCAACAUUUUGGGAAAACCUUUGAUACAUUCAGUGAACCUCACAUGCACGGAAGAACUCACACAGAAGAGAAGACCAAUGAAUGCCAACAAUGUGGAAAAGUCUUCAGUACUUCUUCUUCCCUUCACAGACAUGAAGGGACGCAUACUGGAGAGAAGCCCUAUCAAUGUCAACAAUGUGGGAAAGCCUACACUACUUCAUCUUACCUUCAGAUACAUGAACAAAUCCAUGCUGGAGAGAAGCCCAAUGAAUGCAGUACCCGCAAGCUUGUUCACAGCAUCUGCAGUAAGCACAGCAGUAGCGAGAGCCGUGGCAGCAGUGGCCGCCGCAACAGCAGAAGCUGCAACGGCUGCCACAAUGGCUGCAGUUAUAUCAAGGUCUCUUUUGUUUCUUUGCAAUAA